AACGAAUUACUCAGUCAUGGAUUGAAUUAUGAUUUCUCUCUUUUCCACAAAGUUUCCAAAUACAAUCAUGAUUGGUCGAGUGACUCUUUGCAAAGUUUAAUAAGGAAUAAUCCCGGUCGAGUCUUUUCGUCUUGGGAUUUAUAUGAAAAAUUUUCAAACGAGUCAAAUGUGACCAAUGCAGUCAUUGAGGUUGUGAUAAAUAAGCUUCUUGCCGGUGAGAAAGUUGAAAUCCGAGAUAAUGAGUUCAAGUUGAGCUUAUCCAAUUUGUCAAGAUCCUUGAACCUUUUGAAUGGCUCAAGCAUUGAUAAUGAAGACAUUUUCACAUUGAUUUUGAAUUCAAUGAGUGAAUUGAAUGUUAUUAGUGGCUUAAAGCUUAUAACUAAUGAACGCUUCAAAAAUUGGUUUUUGCUGAAGGGAUUGGCAGGGUUACAAUGCAGACAACUCUUGAUUGGGUUUGAUUCUAUCGAUCUCAACACAGCUUUACUGAAGGAAAUAAUCACCAAAGUCCUCGAUACUUCUUUUAAAAUCAAUGAGGAUCUUGAUAAGUCAAACGAAAUGGAAGAGGUAAACUUUAAGGAACUUUCACAAACAGGUGAAUAUACACCUUUUUCAACCAUUGAAAAUACUCAAUUACGUAACAAGUUGCUUGAAUUCAUUGACUCUACUGAAUUGGAUAUUGCUCCAGCUCCUGAGUCUUUAUUGAUUCGUCUCAAGUUGAUUGAAAUUUACGGAAUGUACGCAAACGAUAUUACCAAAGUAUUGGAAAAAUACCAUAAAUACCAGAUUCAUGGUAAGUUUGGUAUUGAAAUCAUUCAAUCAAAGUUGAUUCAAAGUUUCAUUUAUCAGUUCAUAUCAACCAAGGAUGACCAUUUACUCAAAAUCGCUGAAACCUUGAACUUGGAAGACAUUCCAAUCCCGAUCCUACAAGCUUUCAUUCUCGGUUACAGUACCAAUAACAUCGAUCAAUCGUUGAAACUCUAUAAUGACUAUAUUCAACAAGUCAGUAAGAAGCUAAAUGAUGUCACCAAAAGAUCGCCGACCGGAUUGCUUACUGAAUCACUCAUGUUGGCUUUCUUAUCCAAUAAAGACCGUGAAUUUGCAUAUUUAUUAUUUGAUAAAGCCAUUGAUAAUGCCAUUAUUAGUGAUGAAUUGGAAAUCGCUACAAUCAAAAAGGUCUUCAAGGUAUACGGCGAUGCCUACAACGAUGAAAAUGAAGAUGCGGCUACCCAAUUCUUCCAUAAUCACCUAUUAAAGACCGUAAGAGAUUUG